AUGGGACUGACAAUGUUUGACCCCCCGACACCAAUUGAUCCGUCCUAUCAACCAUCCGCAUCUAUUGUGCGCAUCCCAGCGAGCUCUCCGAUCGAGGACAUCCUUGCGAUCAUCGAAAGAGAUGGAGGUGUGAUCCUGACCGAUUUCGCGACGCCGGAGGACCUUGCGGCCAUCGACCGUGACGUGGAGGCUCACCGCACGCAAACCCGCUCGACAGAUAAAGGCGCGCUGAAACUCAUCCCGAAGGAAACGCUCGCGGUGCCGGGUCUGGUGGGCAAGUCGCCGACCAUUGCGCGGAUCUGCUGCGAAUCGCCAGUCCUGGAACAACUGCGCACGUCGAUUCUCGAAGAGAAGUUCAGCGUCAUCCGCGAGGACAUCGUCGAGGACCACACGAUCGACCCGCUGCUCAGCAUCAGCAUCACGUUUUAUAUCGGACCCGGCGCGCCCCGGCAGAGACUGCACCGAGACGACAACGUGCAUGGAAUCAGGCACGGCGGGGUCUUUGACUUGAAAAGGGCCAGCCAGUUUGGCUGUCUGAUCGCCGGGUCCAAGACGACGCGGCAGAAUGGCGCCACCAUGUUCAUCCCGGGUUCGCAUCGAUGGGAUGACACGCGCGCGCCGAGGCCCGAUGAAGUCUGCUUUGCAGAGAUGGACCCGGGCUCCGCGCUCAUCUUUCUCGCCUCCUGCUAUCACGGCGGCGGCGACAACUCGACGCACGACGAGGUCCGCCGAGUGCACGGCCUGUUCUUCGCGCGGGGCAAUCUACGCACCGAGGAAAACCAGUUCCUCGCCGUGCCCAGAAGUGUAGCCCUCGGGAUGAGUGAGAAGAUGCUCUCCCUGCUAGGGUACAAGAAACCGACCAGCAUCCUCGGCGUGGUUGACAAUGACGACCCGGCGGUAGAUUUGCGUGGGGUGCUGGACAGGGCCAACGCGUAG